AUAGGAUGAGCAUGCCAGAACCGUUGUCUCUACAGCUCAUUGCUAGACUUGUCUGUGUUCAGAGUCUGCUUGAUCUAACAGAAGGAAAGGAUGUCACUAAUUUCCUGAAGACGGUGUGCCACGGUGCAGUCACAGAGGACAUACUUAGUCACAUGGUUAAGUUCUAUCCCAGGAAGCUGACCAAUGAGAUGCUAGCUGGCCUGGCAUCACCACACAUACACCAACUCAAGUUAGCUAACUGUACACAGAUCAAACCAUCCAAUUUCAUCAAGAUUUUUCCUCACUGUAAGCAUCUGUGUGGCCUUGACCUUAAGCAGUGCAAUCAGCUGAUGCUGGGGGACUUCUUUGUGCUGAUGGACAGGAUGGGGGUCAACCUGACCUCGAUUUCUGUAGAGGAGUGUACAACAGUGGACGAUGACAUUGUUCAUAGCAUUCUACAGAACCUGCACCACCUGAAGCACCUGAAUGUGUCUUCCUGUAAAAACAUCACAGAUAAGGCCUUUCUGAUAUCUCAAGACCAGUUAAAGAAAAGAAAUCUACUCAAG